UAUAUCGAUAUAAAAUUAAAUGUCCUUUACUAUUAAUAAGGUUUUAUUUCCAUUAAUUUAAAUUUUCGAAAUUUCUUCCUCUAUGUACAGUAAUGUUUACAAUACUAUUAUUGUAUUCUUUGAACAUAUUAAUGUACAUAUAUAAAUCAUCUAAAGUAAAUAUUUCUCCACUCUUUUAUUAUUAGUUUUUUCAUUAA